GAUUAUCAUCGUUUAGUACGAUGCGACCGGUUUCCAGUUGAGGAGGCUACGUAGAUUCUUGUUUAAUAAAUCGAGCGUGCUCAAUUGCAAUAAUUAAAGAUGCGUUACCAAAUAUUGCUAUUAGUAAAUUGUAUUUGUUAUGUUAUUGUUGCUGACGAAAUCGUAUAUCCGUGUGUGACACCAGAUGCCGAGCGGGCAUACUGUACGUCUUUAUUUUCUUGUCCGCACUUAAUGAAAGCAUUAGGUAGCACAGACCCACUGGCCGUUGAGUUUGUAAGGCAGUCGAUUUGUUUGGGGUGUGAAGCCGGCGACUUCAUGGUUUGCUGUGGUCCACCUCCUUCACAGAAAGAGUCCCCUAUACCGUCGCCACCCACUACUGCUACAGCCAUUAGUGAUAAAUAUUCUUCAGAUACCAGCACGAACGAAGAUCUCCUGCUUAGAUAUAAGGAAGCUGUGAAACAAAGACUGUUACCGGACCAAAGGUAUUGCGGUUACCAGCACAAAGAUGACCGCCCGUACGACAGCCCUAUCACCGCUCUGGACGAAUUUCCGUGGUUAGUACAUGUGAGGUUUUCCAACAGCGAGUACGAGGAGCAGUACGCGGACAGAUGCAGCGGAGUUCUCAUCAACAACCGCUAUGUUCUCACGGAUGCUUACUGCGGAGCCGAAUCGAUCAAGGUAAAGAUUGGGGAGUACAACACGAAUCAAUCGGUCAGUUGUGACCCCGCAUCUAAGCUAGAGGACUGCAACGAGCCAGUCUACGAUAUAGCCGUCGAAGAAAUCAUACGCGAUGGUAAAAAGUCCAAUGGACCUUACGAUUUUUCCUUGCUCAGAUUGGUCAAGCCCGUAGAAUAUUCGGAUUUCGUUAGACCAAUUUGUUUACCAAUCGACCAGAGCAAACGUCCCAGUCCGACGUCCUUGGUAUUCUCGGGAUGGGGUGCUCCUAAUAGCACGGGCAUUGCGAAGAAAAGACUAACUUACAAUGUGGUUAAUGACGAGGUUUGCUACAAGGAAAGUGAUUGGUUGGAAGGAAACGUUAAGUUCGCCAAUGCCAGCUUUAUCUGUACAUCGCCGCCGAUAAAUCCGACGACCUUGGCGUGCGCCGGAGAGCACGGCGGUCCAUUUAUGUACAGUCUCACGCGAAGAAUCCAAUGGUACGUGGAAGGAAUCAUCGUGAGCGUGAUGCACAAAGAAGGUUCCUCUAACUCCUGUAACGAUAAAUAUCCUGUGAAUGGAAUUAGAAUUACAGAUAAUACAAUUGAUUGGAUAUUAUCAACCAUUAGACGUUAAUAUUUAUUUAUAUGUACUUAGGGAGCAAUUAUUAUCUCAUUAUGACAUAUUAGAAUUGUACUUAACUAGCUAGAAGUGUUAGUAUACAUUCUUCAAAUAAAACACUCAUUUCAUCCCUCUA